AUGGCUUUAUCUAAGGGACCGCUGGCAAGAGCUGAGAAGAUACAGACACCAACUCCUAGGCUGCAAGAAAGCAACUGUAUAGCAGCUAUUGACUUUGGAACAUCAUCAGUAUCAGUAGCAUACACAACUCCAAAUGAUGGGCAGAUACGACUUGUACCACUUUACAAUACUUCUGAAAGAGUCUCUAAUUCUAUACUAAUAGUGAAGGACCAGGAGAAUCAACAAUCCAAAGUCAUUGGGAUUGGCCAUAGGGCACAAAGCAUAUACAGUGAUUCGGCAAAGAAAGGUGCCGAAAACUUCAUUUACUUUGAAAGAAUAAAGACAUUACUUGAAAGAGAAAAAUCAGUAAAUCGUACUACUGAAGUCUCUUCAUUCACUGGUGGAUCAUAUUAUCUCAUUGAAGUUAUAGCUUUUAUACUAACACACCUCAAGGAGAAGCUAUUGACUGAUCAUCUGAAAGGAAACUACAAGUCAACUGAUUUUGAUUGGGUCAUUACUGUUCCUGCUAUAUGGAAAGCAAGAGCAAGAAGAAUGAUGAGAGAAGCUGCUUAUAUGGCUGGUCUCACUUCUGAUGCUCCUGGUAUAACAAGGUUCACUCCAGUUGGUUCCCCUUUACCACGUCCAGAGGAGGUUAAUCCUGAGAAGCUAUCAUUAGCUCUAGAACCAGAAGUAGCUGCUAUAUAUGCACAGCAUCAGUCAGAAGUAUCAGGAACACCUCCACAGAGAUAUAUGGUAGUUGACAUAGGAGGAGGUACAGUUGAUAUUACUGUACAUGAUAAGAGUAAUGGGAAAGUUAGUGUAGUACUACCACCAAUGGGGAACACUUGGGGGGGAACAACUGUCAAUGAAGAAUUGUCAAUGUUACUGGAAGAAAUAGUUGAUGAUAAAGAUUUCAAAUCUUUCAUGAAGCCAAAUCCUAUUAGUGCCAAAGCUACACUAAAUAAGUUUUUCUACGAAGAAUUUGAAGAGCGAAAGAAAAGAUUUGGGGACAUAAUAGAGGGUAUCAAUGAAGUAACAGUAACAUUGCCAAGAACUUUUAUCAUGCACUAUGGCAAUAAUGUCCUUAAUGAAGUAAAAAAGCUGAAUAUGCAUUAUGAUCCAGGAGAAGGUUCAUUAAGCAUAGAAUACUACCUAUUAGAAGAGAAGGUAUUCAAAUUCACAAUAGAUAUGAUCAUAAAGUGUGUGAGAGCAGCAUUUGAUGAGCUUAAGCCUGAUGGAAUCGAUACAGUUUAUCUGGUAGGAGGGUUUGGAGGGUGUAGGUUUGUUAGGCAAAAAAUAGAAGAAGCUAUUGCUCAGCAUCGUGGCAUGUUUUAUGAUAAUAUAGUGUGUCCUGUACAACCAGAUCUUGCUGUUGUAACAGGAGCAGUAAUGUGGAGGAAAGAUCCUAACAUAAUCCAAUCACGUGUUGCUGAUGCUACCUAUGGGACAGCUGUUAAUGCUCCAUUCAACCCAUCAAUACAUGAUAUAUAUUACUGGUUUGUAGAUGAAGAUCGUCAACAACGUUGCAAAGAUGUGUUUGUGGUAUUUGUACUCAAAGGGGAAAAGAUAAAGGAUGAAGUAUACAAAGAAACAGGACUGCCUAUUUCUCAAAGUACAGAAAAACAAUGUAUCUCUAUAUUCUGUACAACAGAUGAUGGAGUGCAGUAUACAAGAGAUAAAAAAGGUAAACGUACAGUACGUAAGAUUGGUGAGCUAAUACUUGAUGUUCCUAAUCCUGAUAAUGUACCAAGAAAAAAGAGAGUAUUCAAUGUAUUCAUGGAUUUCAGUGGUACAGAGAUACAAGCAAGAGCUCAGUAUCGUAUCACUGGAGAAGAAGUGAAAACAGUUUGUGACUUUCUUUCAAACCAAGACUAG